CUGCUCCUAAAGAAUCACGCAGUCGUCAAUGUACAUUCUCCCAUUACUGGCAAAACACCUCUUCAUGUUGCAAUCGAAAAUGGAAGUGAGGUAAUUGUUAAGAUUUUAUUAGAAAAUGGUGCAAUGCCCAGGGAGCGAGGCUUUACACCUUUGCAUUUAGCGGAUGAAAAGGGCUUUAAAGAUAUCGUUGAAUUAUUUUUGGCGAUAGGAGUCCCUGCAAGUUUGAAGGCGAGCAAUGGUGCGGAAGCUGUUCACAUCGCAGCUCAAAAGGGAAAUUUAGAAAUAGUUAAACUGCUUUUGAAGCAGGGAGCCCAAGUUGAUACUGUGGGAGAGAAGAUCAUUGAGCUUAGAAUGUAUCUUGAUUCUGAACAUGAAGAUUCGAAGAUUUACGAAGUGAUAUCGAAAUAUUGUGAUCGCGAUAUUACGAUUGUAAAGUGGAAAGAGGUUUAUACUCCGCUUUAUAUUGCUUCUUAUUACGGACAUACCGAAGUGGUAAAAAUGCUGCUUGAGAAAGGUAGCAAUCCAAAUGCAGUUUCGAAGCGCGUAUUGACGCCUCUACAUUCAGCAGCCCAAAUGGGACAUAAAGAAAUUGUCCAAUUGCUUCUCCAACGUGGAGCGAUGUUCGAAUCAAAAGGAGUAACUGAUGUGCUGUCUUCUCUUCUUGCAGCUGUUGAAGGUGGACAUGAAGGAAUUGUAUAAAUACUCUUAAAGGAAGGCGUCGAUGUGAAAAGAUUAUUUCAGUUACCAUCCGUUUCAGUCUUAAGAGCGAUUGAAUAUGUCUUUGAUUCCAAAAUUUAUCAUGCUGGAAAUGGAGAGGAACUGAAAACUGGAUACACCCUACUACAUUUUUCUGCCGAGUCUGGAAAUAAGAGGAUUGUUGAAAUGAUAUUAAAAAAUGGGCCAGAUUUAAACGUCAAAUCGCAAAACAAUUCAGCACCGCUUGAUGUUGCAAUGAAAAAUGGACACACGGAAGUUGCUUGGAGUCUUUUGGAAGCUGGUGCCAACGUAAAUUACACAUGCAACUGGAAAUUUGGAAGUUUCAAAGGAAAUUCUCUCCUCGGCAAAUCGAAUGAAGGCCUCUCCCCUUUACACGUAGCAGUUAUGAAGAACAAUCCUAACAUAGUCGAGCUGCUUCUGCAAAAGGGAGCAUCCCCAAAUAUUAGCCAUAAGGAUUUUGAUUACCCUCUUCACAUGGCUGUUGAAAUUGGCAACAAGGCUAUGAUAAAAAGCCUCAUUAAACAUGGCGCACGUGUUGAUUCUUUGUGUAGAAACGAAUACACCUCCUUUUCUUUCGCCGUGAAAAAUAAUAUGGUAGAAAAUGCGAAAUCAUUGAUCGCUAACGGACCCCUUUCAACGAUCAAGACCAGGAGGGUCGAUUUUGGUUGCACAAUGCAAUUAAAAUGCGAAUAAGUCAUGAGAUGGUAGAAUUUCUGCUGGGU